AUGGGUAUUCCGUAUUACGUUGUCCCCACCAAUUCUCCCGUGCAGCAGCAGCAGGCCGCCGUUGAGCCCGAGCGCGUCAAGCCGCAGAACGAAAUCCCCGGCGACAUGAAGAUCGUCGAUAUCUUCGGAUUGAAACUGGGGAUACGAUACAAUAUGGCACAAUGUAACUACGCUGGGUAA